AUGUUUAAUGACGAGCAAUAUGCAAGCAGUUACUAUCCUACCAAGUUGGGGAUAGAUAGGCCCGCAGUUGACUUUAAUUCAUCAAUUUGCAACUUUAUAAAGAGUGACAUAUACAAGAGAAAAUUCGAAAGAAGGCUAUACGUGAAUCAUCCAAUAUACUUACGAAGAAUAAAACCAUUAUUUUGCUACAGUAAUAUGAUAGAUAGAUUUGAUGGUGUAUUAUCACAUUUAGCAUUUUCAUGCUUAAAUAAAAGUAAAGGAGCAAUAUCAAGCUUAAAAUGGUUUAAUGAUGGUAAAAGGCUAUUAACAGGCACCCAAUUAAGUGAAUUAGCUAUUUGGAAUGGAGUAUAUUUUAAUUUUGAGGAUAUGAAAAGAAUACCAAUUGGUGGAGGCGCUGUUUCAUGCUUAGAAUGGUCUAAAAACGAUAAUGUAUUUGCAGGAAAUUCUUUAGGGCAAAUAGUUAUAUUAUCUUCUGCAUUAAAUUUAUUAGAUAACUAUGCUUUUGAAGGUUUAACGAAAUGUGUACUAGAUAUAAGCUUAUCGUGCUGUAAUACUAAAUUAGCCGGAUGUUCAGAUACAUGUGAUCCUAUGAUUUGGGACAUAAAAACUCGAAAAGUUAUAAAAUCUUUAAAAUGUAAAAAUAUCGAUACUAACAAUACUAGCUGCUUAUCAUGGAAUCCAAUAAAUGAUAUAGUAGCUAGUGGAAAUAGAACCCAAACAAUUUCUUUAUGGGAUAUAAGAGUUACUAAACCUAUUAUCUCUAUAAAUGCCCAUAAAGCAAAUGUUAAUAAAGUAAAAUGGAAUUAUAACGGUAUUUAUUUAUUAAGUUGUAGUAAAGAUAGUUUAAUUAAAUUGUGGGAUAUUAGAAAUUUUAAAUUAUUACAUUCUUAUAAAAAUGACAAUAUUAUUAAUACUACAUCUACUACUACUACUUCUAGAUUUACUGCAAAUUAUGAACCUACAUAUAUCACAUGGAACCCAAUACAAAAUCAUAUUUUCGCUAGCGCAGAUAAUAAAGGAAAUAUAAAAUUUUAUAAUACUAAUGACAAUAGAUGUACACAAACGAUAUCAUUUGCGCAUGGUAUAGAUAAGCCAUGUUCUAUUACAUUAUUAGAUUGGAACCCAUUUGGGCAUUUACUUACAUCUUUUGGAGAUGAUAAAUUAUUAAAAUUUUGGUCUGCAUCUAGUUGUGAUGCUAUUAUUUCAAAAGAAAUAGAUGCAAAGCAGUUAACCAGUAUAUAUAACGGUGGAACUUUUCCUAAUUCUCGAUAUGUUAAUGAUGAAAAUAUGCUAGAUGUCAGCAGUAAUCAAUCGAUUAAAGAUUCAGAUGAAGAAAAUUACACGAAAAAUACUUUAAAUGAUAAUUUUUACAAAAAAAUUAAUAAAAAACGGCGUAAAGGAAAACGUAAACAUACAUCGAAUAUAAAUUUAAAAGAGACAACAUGA